CUGCUCGGCGUGCCUCGACCGUCGGGGCUUAGGCCUUAGGCUUCGGCUUGCCUGACGGAUGUGAAAAGUGACUGCAGUAGUACAGCUCCACAGAGCUCCACAGAUUCCGAUUAGGUCGGGAGAGCAUAUAUAGAUGCAUCCGGUUCACCUGGUCAGCAACUUACAUCUUCAGCUAUUCUAUCAACCUAUUAUACGAAGACAUGCAUUCAGCCUACCAAAAGCUCGCGCUACGUGCACGUUCCUUAUCCUCGAUUAAUGUGAGUUCCUAGUACGACUCGGAGAAAGGCAAUUUCACCGAGGUGGUUAUGACGUCGGUUCCUGAAGCUCGCCAGAAUACAAGUUGGGGAUCUGGGACCUCCUCGCACUUCUCUUUCGUCCACACUACAUAUAUCUCGAAUCACAAAUGCCAAACCUCAUGGACGUAUGCAACAUACCAUGGCUUCGAAAGGUUUUACAAUCGACUUCUCCAACAAAUGCAUUAUCAUCACUGGGGGCAACCGCGGGAUUGGAUACGCUUAUAGUCGCGCUGUUGCCCAUGCUGGUGCACGAGUGGCUAUUAUCUACAGGAGCUCUAAGGACGCGCAUGAAGUAGCUGAGAACCUUAGGAAAGAAUAUGGCGUGCAAGUCAAGGCUUAUCAAUGCGAUAUAUCCGAUGCACAGAAGACAACCGAGACGUUUUCUCUUAUCGACAAAGAUCUCGGUCCGGUGACAGGACUCAUAGCAAAUGCUGGCGUCUCCGUGGUCAAACCUGCACUCGAGCUGACCAGCAGAGACUUCCAUAAAGUGUACGGUGUUAACGUCCUUGGUGUAUUCAACAGCACCAAGGCUGUGGCAAAGUUGUGGAUUGACAAGAAGUAUGGCGGUUCGAUCGUUAUUACAUCCUCCAUGAGCUCUCGGAUCAUCAACCAAGUUGCGCCAAAUAAGCCAUUGACUCAAGUCUUCUACAAUUCAUCCAAGGGUGCUGUGUCCAUCCUCAUGAAAGGGUUGGCAGCAGAGUGGGCCACUCAUGGGAUUAGAGUGAAUGCGCUGUCCCCUGGUUAUGUGAACACAGAUCAAACCUCGGGUAUGGAAACUUCCGUCCUCGAGCAUCAGGCAAAGACCAUACCGCUCGGACGCUUCGCCGAGCCAUAUGAGAUGACAGGUCAGGCGAUCUUACUCCUGUCCGAUCAUGCCAGUUACAUGACAGGCGCAGAAUAUUUUGUCGACGGUGGUCACCUCAUUUGGUAAACUCUGAUACCCUCGAGGAGUUGUGCAUUUGAGUGAUAGAUUGACAUCGAGAGCAGUGCGUUAGGCUUAUAUGGUAUCAGCCCGUUAGUUAUUAGCCUAGUUACUUAUAUCAUUUCAAGUAGUUCUACCGUUCAGGCCCAGGGCCCGGCUUCAACAUAUGCAUGAAAUUAGUCGA